AUGGAUUCUAAUCUGCUGGAAGAACAAUUUCCAGACUUUGAAACGUUGGAAACGUUCAGAAGUCCUUUUCAAGAUACACCCGAAACAAAGUACGAGUGCGAUAUAUGCUUCAAGAUCUUCAGAAAUGGUACUUUUGCCAGGGAGCACAUGAAGUCAAUAAUAGAGAUAGAUUCUAGUUCCACCGUAAUUAUAGUGGUUUCAGAUGAUGAGGAUGAAUCCAAUGAAAACAUAACUAUAUUUGAGGAAGAGUAUAUAACUGAUAAACAUGAGGAAGACGACCCGAUAAACUUCGAACACAAUGGGAAAAUUUCGAAUAUUCGACCAAUAAAUAACGACAAGAAAUCAAAAACGGUUUAUAAUUAUGCUAAGAAGCAUAUAACGGUAUAUGGCAAUAAUAUAUAUUCUACAACAUCUCACCCGAGGUCCGAUUUUGUAGAACAACAGAAGCUUUCAAUACCAUCCAAAGAUUUCAAGAAAAAUACUGGAUUGAGUAAUGGUUCUACAACUGAAAUAUCUUUUACAGCUGAGAUUGAUACAAUUUCAGAUUCAUUUCUCAAUGAAUACAUUGAUUCAGAUGCUCCAGAUUUAGCGACCAAUGCACAGUGUGGUUCAUAUACUAAUUCUGAUCCAGCGUCCAACAAACUAUUCAGUAAUGAAUUAGAUACAGAAGAGAAGGAUGAAACGAAUUCUGCUGAGAUUAAGGAUAGAAAAAAAGUUAUACGUUUUCGGUGUAAAAUAUGUCAGACCAUUAUCUUCAGUGGUGAGAGCUUCAACGAUCACCUUAGAUCCCAUCGUGCCGAAUAUGAAACAGUAGAAUGUAACCUCUGUAAAAGGUCGAUGAAUAGGAAAGAUCUGCAAAACCACAAAAACACGUCACACAAAGGAAAAGUUCCUGGAUUUGUGAAGUGUUCCGAAUGCGAUAAAGAAUAUUUAAAUAGUAACAGUUUACACAAACACUACACGUAUCACCACAAAGAGUUCGGUUUCGAGGACCCGUCGAUAAAAGUGUGCGAAAUUUGCGGACGCAGAUGUCGUGGCAACAACGCUUUCCAAAAUCAUCACAGAACGCAUACCGGUGAAAAACCGUUCCUGUGUUCCGUCUGUCCGAAAUCGUUCAGAAUUGCGGAUGCUCUGAAAAGACACAUGAGGAUCCACACUGGUGAGAAACCGAUGACUUGCAAAUAUUGUGGAAGGCGAUCCAAAAAGAGAGUGUCGAAACCCCGUAAGAGUAGGAACAAAAACAAACCGAACGAAAUACGUAAAGAAAGUAGAAAGUACUGUAAAUUCACCUUGGAAGAUUUCGUAAACUUGAACGACGUAACUCAGCCUUUCACCUGCAAAAUGUGCUCAAAACUGUGCAACACUCAUCUAGACUAUGGAUUGCACUCCAUAACGCACAACGAAAACGGCCUCUACGUUUGUCACAUGUGCGACUUCGCGAACGAAUCGAAAGACGUUUUCAAAAAACAUAUCAAAAGCCACGACCUCUAUAAGUGCGUCAAAUGUAACAAAAUACUCAAAACUCGGUUAUCCGCCUACAAACAUUCCAAAUCUCAUUCCACACAGAACAAAGUGCAGUGCGAGAUAUGCGGAAAACACCUUAAAAAGCAGUGCUUGUACCUUCACAAGCGAAUGCUCCAUUCCGAAAAUAAGGCUUCCAUGGCCACCAAGUGCCCCAUAUGCGGCAAGGAGUAUCAAAACCCAAGCAGUUUGAGACAGCACUACUCCUCGACCCACCGAGAAGUGGGAAUCGACGUAUCCGUAGUUUGUGACAUAUGCGGCAUGAGGCUAGCCAGCAAAGCAACGCUGCCUCAGCAUCUCAGAACGCAUACUGGGGAUAAACCUUUCGCUUGUGAUGCUUGCCCCAAACGUUUCAUUUCUAAGGAUAUCCUAUCAGCCCACAAGAGAAUCCACACUGGAGAAAAACCGUACGAGUGCAAAAUAAAAACUCUGGAACUGAAACUCAAGAAACCAAGAAAGAAGAGUCAAGUUUCGAUGGAGGAUCCAGAUUUUGUUAUGUUGGAUAAAAAAAUUCCCCGUAAAAAACGAGAAAUAAAAUCAGAACCAGACAUCACCCUGGAAAAAUUCGUGAAUCUCAAUGAAGUAACGGAACCUCUGGUUUGCAAGAUAUGCUCCAUGACCUACAUGAGCCAUGUAGAUUUUGGAUUACAUUCCAGAGUGCAUAACGAAGAUGGUUUAUUUUCCUGCCAUAUGUGCGACUAUAGAAAGGAUGCCAAAAAAACCUUCAAGAUUCAUAUCAAGAGCCACGAUCUGUUCAAGUGCGAGAAAUGCGGAAGGAUAUUGAAAAGCAAGUUAUGUGCAUACAAACAUUCUAAAUCACAUUCCGGUAAUAACACUGUCCAAUGCGAGAUUUGCGGCAAACAUCUGAAAAAGCAGUGUCUUCCAAUCCAUAAGAAAAUCUUGCACUGCGAUGACAGAAACGCACUUAUAACGAAAUGCCCUAUUUGCAGCAAGGAAUAUCAAAAUCCCAGCAGCUUGAGACAGCACUACUCCGCCAUUCACAAGGAGCUGGGAAUCGACGUUUCGGUCGUUUGUGACAUCUGCGGAAUGAGACUCUCCUGCAAGGGCAAGCUGCCACAGCACCUACGUACACAUACAGGAGACAAACCGUUCGCUUGUGAUUUUUGCCCAAAAAAAUUUAUAGCGAAAGACAUACUAGCAGCGCAUUUGAGGGUGCAUACAGGAGAAAAACCAUACGAGUGUGGGUUUUGUGGAAAAAAAUUUGCCCACAGCGCUCCUUAUAGAUUGAAAAUCAGCAAGAAGACUCGAUCUUCUAUGAAGUUACGCUGUCAGAAACGGUCGAGUAAGGAAACGAAAGAGAACAAAUCUGUCGACGUCGGUCAAGACCCAGAUUUCCAACCAUUAAGCAAACCUACAGCUAAAAAGACGAAGCACCGAAACUCCGAUGAAUUACUGAAGUUGAUACUUGAAAAUUUCACCAGCCUGAAUGAAACAAAAGAACCCCUAGAAUGUAGUUAUUGCUCGAAGUUGUUCAACACCCACAUGGAUUUUGGUCUGCAUUCGAAAUUUCACAACAAGGAUGGACAUUUUUCCUGUCAUUUAUGCGAAUACAGGAAAGACACUAAAAAAACUUUUGAAAACCAUAUCAGAGGUCAUGAUCUCUAUAAAUGCCAAAAGUGUGGUAAAAUUAUGAGAAGCAGGCGGUGGGCUUAUAAACAUUUGAAAGCUCACACUCUCACUAACAACCUGCAGUGCGAAAUUUGCGGCAAACACCUAAAAAAAGAAUCUCUCGCAACACAUCUGAAACUCAUCCAUGCAGAAGAUAGGAGUUCUCUCAUAACAAAAUGCCCAAUUUGCAACAAAGAGUACCUCAAUGCCGGUAGUCUAAGACAACAUUACUCCAGAGCACAUAAGGAGCUGGGUAUAGAUAUUUCUGUAGUUUGUGACAUAUGUGGUUUGCGACUGUCAUGCAAGAGUAAGCUAAAACCGCACAUAAUGACCCACACCGGGGAUAAACCGUUCGCUUGUGCCCUGUGUCCAAAAAAAUUUGUUGUCAAGGAUAAACUGAACGCUCAUAUGAGGGUGCACACAGGGGAAAAGCCAUACGAAUGCAGAUAUUGCGGGAAAAAGUUUGGCCAGGAUGGACCGUACAGAUAUCACAUAAAAACACAUACCGGAACUUACUAUGAUCCAAACGCUAAGAGAACCUACAUUCAAGAAGUAAUGUCUCGUUAA